UCCAUCAUUCUCUUCGGGCCUCCAUUUGUUUUUUAUUAAUCAUUUCUGGUUAUGGGGGGAAUGGAGAACCCACAUUGUUGAGAACUGAAAAACCCAUUAUUUAUCAGACAAAUUUUCAGUCUGUACUGAAUUCUCGGCGGGGGAGAGUUAGGUCGAGCUUUCAGCGGUUGUUUGUUUCCAUUUAUGGGCUUUUAUUUGUAUUUUCUGGGACCCUCAAUUUAAUAAUGAAUUAGGGGAAUAUAAUCUUCUCUGUUCAUCUGUUUAAUUUUCAAAUAUCGAGGGCAAUUUGAAUUUAUUUGGAAAAAAACUUGGCUACCGCUUUUUGUCUGAUUCCAGUGUUUUGAUGUGGAUGGUGAUGAUACCGAAAGGGGAAUCGUUUGUCGUGAUGAGUUUGUGAGUUUUGUGGAAAAGGAGUUGUCAGAACUGUUCAACCCUUCGAUGGAGAUCAGUGACGAUCAAGCUUCUGGGUGGAUGCAGGUCAAAAAGAAGCACCGAAGCAAUUCAAAGUUGGUUGGGGUUCGUCCUGAAAAUCAGAGUUCUAGUAAGACAGAUUGUGAAAGAUUGGGGAAAAGUGUGAAUGAAACCCAACUUUCGAAUGCAAGCAAGGAUUUUGUGGAUCAGGAUGUUGGUGAUGGAAGAAAACUUUCUUCGAACUCUGUUGAGGGUGAAGCAGUUGAGCAUUGCCUUGAUAAAUGCGUUGUCAGUCAAAAUAUUGGGGGCGUAGAUUCGUGUAAUUUGGAAACUAAAGUUAUUAGAGAUUGUAGGGAUAAAUCAGAUGGUAAUCAACAAAAUCCUAAGAAAAGUAGCAUUCUUCCGAAAAUCAAGUGGGGUGAUUUGGAUGAAGGCACACUCAUACAUUACGGGAAAUCUUCUGGUGGUGAAUUCGAUUUUGAGGGUAGAUUUACAGGAGAUCAAGUUCAUUCUUUGUCUCCAACGACUAUUCCUGUCAAAGAAACUGCCGGGGAAGUGAAUGGUGCUUCUUCGGAAGAUGUUAAAGAGCAUAUUACAAGUGAAAAAAUAUCUAGCAAGAGUGAUACGAAUUUAGGCUUACAUGUUGAGGACAAGAAUGAGGGUGGUGACGAUCCAUCUGGAAACAUUGCAUGCCCUGACGAUGUUGAGUCAGCUAAUGGAUCAUGUCCUAAUGUUUCAGUGAUACCUCCUAUGGAUUCUGCCUCAACCACGGGGGCGACUAUUCCUCUUUCUGACACGCAGUUACUUGCCAAUUGUGAACCUGGUGGGGAAUCGAAAAUUGCAACUGCAGUAGAAGAAUCUAGUGAUCCAAAAUCUAAAGAUUCUAGUGCUUUGCUGGAUGUUCAGAAUUUGAAUGCUACGAGUGAAAGCAAAGAAAGAUUCAGAGAACGCCUUUGGUGCUUUCUCUUUGAAAAUCUUAAUAGAGCAGUAGAUGAACUCUACCUUCUGUGUGAACUAGAAUGUGACAUCGAGCAAAUGAAAGAGGCUAGCCUUGUUCUUGAAGAAGCUGCAUCGGACUUUAGAGAACUAAUUUUAAGAGUUGAGAAGUUUGAAAAAUUAAAAAGGGCUUCGUCUCAUGGAUCAGAUGGAACUCCUUUCAAAAUCCAGUCUGAUCAUCGAAGACCACAUGCUCUCUCCUGGGAGGUCCGUCGAAUGACAACAUCCCCACACAGGGCAGAGAUUUUGUCUUCGUCUCUUGAGGCUUUUAGGAAGAUACAACAAGAGAGAACUACUGAACGACAUAAAAAUGCAAGGAAUCUUGGUCCUGAUUAUCAUUUUGGAGCCCAGGAUAUCUUAGACCUAGAAAAAUAUGAUUUACAAGAUGAUUUAGUGGGUGAUUUUGAUGUAUUGACUUCAAAUAAAGGGCCGGAAAUUGAAUCUCCAUGUAUAUCUCAGGGCUCAACUAAAGGAAAGAAAAACCUUGACCCAAGUAAAUCAGGUUUUGUGGCGUCCAACUCGUCUCAGAAAGAUGGUUCUGUGUCCUUUGUAAAUGCAAAAAGUACUCGGGAACUAAAUGGACCUACUUCAGAGGCAGAGAAGCUACUUCAUAAGAAAAACAAAAUCUUAGCAGAACCAACUGUUGAUAAACAUCCCAAAUCAGCUGAAACGUUGAGAAGACUCAUUCGGUUUCCUGAAAGAGAAAGAGAAAGGAGAUAUGGGAACUCAAGUAAGUCGUUGGAUGCUUGGAAAGAGAAGAGAAAUUGGGAGGACAUACUUGCAUCUCCACAUCGUGCAUCCCGUUUCUCUUAUUCGCCAGGCAUGAAUAGGAAAAGUGCUGAGCGAGUACGCGUUCUACACGACAAAUUAAUGUCUACGGAGAAGAAGAAAAAGUCAGCAAUCGAUCUUAAGAAAGAAGCAGAAGAAAAGCAUGCCCGAGCAACAAGAAUCAGGGCUCAACUUGAGAAUGAAAGGGUUCAAAAGCUGCAACGGACAUCGGAAAAACUGAACCGUGUAAAUGAAUGGCAAACUGUUCGCAGUAAUAAAUUGCGAGAGUCAAUGUUUGCUCGCCAUCAGCGUAGCGAAUCAAGGCAUGAGGCUUAUUUAGCUCAAGUUGUGAGAAGAGCUGGUGAUGAGAGCAGUAAAGUGAAUGAGGUACGGUUUAUCACGUCGUUGAAUGAAGAGAACAAAAAGCAUAUAUUGCGCAAAAAACUUCAGGAUUCCGAACUGAGGAGAGCAGAGAAGCUUCAAGUAAUUAAAAUCAAACAGAAAGAGGACAUGGCUAGGGAAGAAGCUGUUUUAGAACGGAAAAGGCUCAUUGAAGCUGAGAAGUUGCAGCGCCUUGCGGAGACUCAACGACGAAAAGAGGAAGCUCAAGUGAGAAGAGAAGAAGAGAGGAAAGCAUCAAGUGCAGCACGUGAAGCCAAGGCUAUGGAACAGAUGAGAAGGAAGGAGAUUCGAGCCAAAGCUCAGCAGGAGGAAGCUGAACUCAUGGCACAGAAAUUAGCUGAAAGACUCAGCGAAAGUGAACAGAGGCGGAAAUUUUAUCUGGAGCAGAUUCGCGAAAGGGCAUCGAUGGAUUUUAGAGAUCAAUCUUCACCAUUAUUACGCCGCUUUGUUGGUAAAGAUGGGCAAGCACAAAGUAAAUCCUCGAGCCUUGGUAAUGGAGAUGAUAGCCUUUCUAGUGAGAGUGGAUUUAAAGCAGGCUGUGAGACAUUAACAAGUGAGGCAUCACAACACUCGCUAAAACGAAGGAUCAAAAAAAUACGGCAAAGACUUAUGUCGCUGAAACAUGAAUUCCCUGAGCCUUCAGCUGGAAUUGAAAAUUCAAGUUUGGGGUAUAGGACUACUGUUGGUACUGCACGAGCAAAAAUUUCUAGGUGGCUUCAGGAUUUGCAAAAACUUAGACAGGCGAGGAAAGAUGGUGCUGCUUCUUUUGGGCUGAUUACUGCUGAAAUGAUCAAGUUCUUGGAAGGAAGAGAUGCUGAGUUGCUAGCUUCUCGCCAAGCUGGUCUGCUUGAUUUUAUUGCUUCUGCCCUGCCGGCAUCUCACAUAUCGAAACCUGAAGCCUGCCAAGUUACCAUAUACCUUUUGAGACUUCUGAGGGUAGUGCUUUCGACACCAGCAAACAAAUGCUAUUUUCUUGUACAGAAUCUCUUGCCUCCGAUCAUCCCCAUGUUGGCUGCAGCACUUGAGAACUAUAUCAAGAUGGCUGCAUCAUCAAACAUUCCCCUGCCGCCGAAUGCUGUCUCAAGUAAAACAACAGCUGGGAAUUUAGAGUCGAUUUCUGAAAUAGUGGAUGGCUUUCUAUGGACUGUUGCGGCAAUUAUUGGUCAAGUAAGCUGUAAUGAAUACCAGCAUCAGAUGCAGGAUGGUUUGAUAGAGCUUGUUAUUGUUUACCAAAUUAUUCACCGGCUACGAGAUCUUUUUGCGCUUUAUGACAGACCACACGUCGAAGGUUCACCUUUCCCUUCAUCUAUUCUCCUAAGCAUUAAUUUAUUGAUAGUUCUUACUUCCAAAUUCAAAGGAUUAUCUUCGAUAGAUUGGGAUUCUUUUCCUAGUGAUGUGGAUCAAGGAAUUACUAUUAGAGAGACUAAACAGUCUGAGUCUGCCGAUUCAAAAUCCACCCCAUUUGAAUCUAGUGUAGAUUGCAGCGUAACUACAGAUUUACCUGAGAUAGCAAAGGGUAGGCCAUUAGAUGAGACUUCAGUUGCUAAAGACAUAAGUAGUUCGAAUGUUAUGUGUGAUGAUUCUCAUGAUGUAGAACAUAUCGAUUCAAUUAGUGAGUCAGCCAGGGCUCAACCUGAAGAUAAAUACCAGUGUUCGGAUACUCAGAGGAUUAAAAAUGACUCUACAAACAGUGGUGGUGAGCAAAGAAAUGGAAGCAGUGCCCACGUAAAGCAUCCUGCGUCAUUUCUUCUUUCAGCAAUGUCUGAGACUGGCUUAGUGUGUCUUCCUUCCAUGUUAACUGCUGUGCUAUUGCAGGCCAACAAUCGGUUGUCUGCCGAACAAAACUCGUAUAUACUUCCAUCAAAUUUCGAGGAGGUAGCGACUGGAGUUCUUAAAGUGUUGAACAAUCUGGCAUUGAUAGACAUAACUUUCAUCCAGAAAAUGCUGGCGCGGCCUGACCUCAAAAUGGAGCUGUUUCACUUGAUGAGCUUUAUCCUUUCUCACUGCACAAGCAACUGGGGCGUACCCACAGAUAAGAUCGGUCUGCUCUUGCUGGAAUCUCUCGCGCUCCUCGGUUAUUUUUCAUUAUUCCACUCCGAGAACCAAGCCGUCCUUCGAUGGGGAAAGAGCCCCACAAUCCUACACAAGGUCUGCGAUUUGCCAUUCGUCUUCUUCAGUGAUCCCGAACUGAUGCCGGUACUGGCGAGCACACUCGUUGCCGCCUCCUACGGAUGCGAACAGAACAAAGCUGUAAUCCAACAAGAACUCAGCAUCGACAUGUUCCUACAAUGUCUCAAGUCGUGCAAAACGAUCCACGCCACCGACGAUUCCGGUGAGUCGAAGCAGAUGGCUCCGGACAAAAAGGUUCUGGCGGAUGCAUCGCAAAAAUCUAAUCGGAACCUCUUGAAAACCACCCGGCCCAUCGCCCAGAGAGGCGGUGGCCAAGGCGCCAAUGGUAGAAGCGUCAAAAUUAGAAACCAACGGGACGGGAAAGGCGCGAAACUUAGCGGCGGAGAGGACGUGCUUUUCGGAACUGCUCAAUCGGCGUCGGAAACGAUGACUCUGAUGCUGCAUUGUAGAUUUCCGGUGAGCUUUAUUGACAGAGCUGAACAGUUUUUUACGGCGGAGAUCGACAGUGGCAAUGAGGAAUUGGUACGAUGGAUAUAGUGCAAUUUUUAUGUUCUUGCAAAGAUUGGUAUUUUUAUAAAAUGAUGAUGAAAGGGAAAUGAUCGAUUGAUCGAUCCCAAGUUUUCAUUAGCAAAAUAUGGUUUCUGUGAGAUUUUUGGCUGUCCUGUCCGUACAAUUUAGUUAAAUAAGUUCCACAUGUUACAUUUUUUACUAUUGCAA